GUAACCUGGGUUGGCUUUGACAAACUAGAAUUUGGUCCUACUGCCUUCAAACAAGUUCUCUUACUUGGUUAUCAGAAUGGUUUCCAAGUCUUUGAUGUUGAGGAUGCCUCUAACUUCAUCGAAUUGGUUUCAAAGCGUGAUGGUCCAGUUACAUUUUUACAGAUGCUUCCAAUUCCUGCAAAAUCCGAUAGUGUUGAAGGAUUCAGAUCAUCGCAUCCUUUACUGUUGGUUGUUGCAAGGGAUGAACCAAACAGCUCAAGCCUGGGUCAAACUAGUGGCCAUUUGGGCGGUUUAGGCAGAGAUGGUACUGUGGAGCCUCAAUCAGUCAACUAUGUCAACUCCCCUACGGCUGUUUGCUUUUACUCUCUCAGGUGUAACUGUUUUGUGCAGAUGCUGAAGUUUCGGUCAGCUGUGCGUAUGGUUAGAUGUAGUUCUCGGAUAGUGGCUGUCGGUCUUGCAACACAAAUAUAUUGCAUUGAUGCACUUACCCUUGAGAAUAAAUUCAGUGUUCUCACCUAUCCCAUGCCUCAGUUUGGAGGACAAGGAUCAGUUGGUGUCAAUAUUGGUUACGGACCAAUGGCACUAGGUCCAAGGUGGUUAGCUUAUGCUUCCGACAACCCGCUUGUGUCAAACACAGGUCGAUUAAGCCCAAAGAAUUUUACUCCCUCUCCAGGCGUUAGCCCAUCAACAUCACCAGGCAGCGGUAGUUUGAUGGCUCGUUAUGCAAUGGAAUCCAGCAAACAGCUGGCUGCUGGUAUAAUCAAUCUGGGUGAUAUGGGAUACAAAACUUUCUCAAGAUACUGUCCGGAUCUGCUUCCAGAUGGUUCAAGUUCUCCAGUAUCAUCAAGUUCAGGCUGGAAAGUUAGUAGGCUUGCAACGUCAGAAAUGGAGAAUGCUGGAAUGGUUGCUGUGAAAGAUUUCAUAUCUCGAGCUGUUAUAUCACAAUUUAGGGCUCAUACUAGUCCAAUAUCUGCAUUAUGUUUUGAUCCAAGUGGAACACUUCUGGUUACUGCUUCAGUUCAUGGAAAUAACAUAAAUAUCUUCCGGAUCAUGCCAUUUUGUACACGCAAUGGAUCAGGCAGUCAAAACUAUGACUGGAGCUCUGCUCAUGUUCAUCUUUACAAGCUGCAUCGUGGAAUAACAACAGCUAUUAUCCAAGACAUUUGCUUUAGUCUUUAUAGUCAGUGGAUUGCUAUUAUCUCAAACAAGGGGACUUGCCAUAUCUAUGUUCUAUCCCCUUUCGGUGGUGAUGCUGGUUUUCAAACUCUCAAGUCUCAUGGCGAAGAUCCCUCCCUAUAUCCAGUUUUAACUCUACCAUGGUGGUCUACUUCAUCUUUUACUAUUAACCAGUAUUCUUCUCCACCACCACCUCCUGUUACCCUUUCUGUGGUUAACCGGAUAAAAGAUAUCAACUCUGGGUUGCUUAAUUCAGUUACCAAUGUUGCUGCUUCUGCAGCAGGAAAGAUUUCUGUGCCUUCUGGUGCUGUUGCUGCUGUUUUUCACAAUUCUGUAUCUCGGGAUUUUCAAAAUGUUCAAUCAAGGGUUAUUAAUUCCUUGGAACAUCUGUUGGUUUACACUCCGUCGGGUCAUGUUGUUCAAUAUGAACUUCUGCCAUUAAUUGGGGUAGAACUAAGUGACAAUGGUUUAAGAACUCGGUCAAGUUCCUACAUGCAUACCCAAGAUGACGAGUUGAGAGUGAAGGUUGAACCUGUUCAAUGGUGGGAUGUAUGCAGAAGAUCAGAUUGGCCAGAGAGAGAGGAAUCUGUUUCAGAGAUAAUCGGCAACAACUAUAGAACAAAUUUUCUGGAGACAAGUGAGAGUGUUGGGGGGAAACAGACGGUGAAAAGUGAUUCAGUAAAGCCCCAUGACCGAUCCCAUUGGUACCUAUCCAAUGCAGAGGUGCAAAUUAACUCUGGGAGGUUACCAAUAUGGCAAAAUUCCAAGAUUCAUUUCUACAUGAUGAGUCCUCCAAGAGUCAAAGGUUAUGCGGGUGGGGAACUUGAAAUUGAGCAGGUCCCAUUUCAUGAAGUGGAAAUAAAACGAAAGGAUUUAUUACCUGUUUUUGAUCAUUUCCGUAGCAUCAAGUCAAGCUGGAAUGACAGAGGGCUUUUGGGGGGAGCAUAUCCCAAUGCUUCUUCUUUAGUGCUUCAUCAGGUUAGAGACAAGGUCACUGAAGAAACAGUUAUUUGUCACUCAAAUCCAGCAUCACUUAGCUCCACUGAAAGCUCAGAUGGAGGAUCAUCAAGAAGAAUCGAGAAUUUACUUGAUUUGGAUCAAAUGAAUUCCGAGAAGCCAUUCAUGAGUGAGAUUGUGAAUAUGUUAAAUCAGGAAAGAAGAGGGAGUGCCAAUGUUGAAUCUUCUAUACCAAAACAGAAACCCUUGGCUAUGGUAUCAUUUCCUUCUGAACAUUCAAAGAACACUGAUUCUCAUGUUGAUGACUCUAUUACAAGCGGGUCGUCCUCAGUAGAUACCGAUGUCCCUUCUAGCAGAAGAGCUAUUGCCGAAGCAACUCUGACUUCGGACGCUUGCGGAAUAAGAGAUGAUCCAAUUCUAACUGCUGACCAUUUUGAUUCAGCUAUGAAUAUAAGUGCAGAGGGUUCUAAACCUUUAAAACUUCAAAUUCUGGCGGAUUUUGAGCCAUUUUUUCAGGAGGGUUACUGUAAAGUGUUGGAGCUUGAUGGAUGCCGCAGGUUAACGGAAGUUGUAACUGAUGAUGUGGACCGCAGCGAAAAACACGAUGAGAGGGAAAACCCUGAAGAUGAUGGGGAGAAUGAUGAAUUGCUAGGUGGCGUGUUUUGCUUUUCUGAGGAGGUUGAUUAAUCUCUUCAUAGAAGCGAGGAACUAUUGUUGAAAGGUUUCCGUUAAUUAUUUAAGGUAAUAGUGUAUCGUCUUGUGAGCCAUCUCUGCAUAAGAGUGGGGCAACAUGUUUAUGUCAAAACAAGCCACAGUAUGUGAUCCUCUCUCUAUCUCUCUCUCUCUCUCUCUCUCUUCUCAUGUACAUUUUGUAGAUGGAAAUUUAAAAUUCAUGCAGGGUCUAGCAUUGGGUUUAUACGCCUGCUUUCAAACUCUGUCAAGCUGCAUCGUGUAUAGAUAGAUGAUGGUUUCAGUAUGACCAAGUUCUCUCCAUAAUGUAUAAUAUUUUUUUUCUCUUCGAAAAAAGGGGGAAAGGGUGAAAUGGAAGGAAUGAAAGAACAUUGUGGUCGUAAAUAUUUGUUAAUUCUUCAGAUUUGUUUUGAGGAGGAAUGUUUGAUUGCUAAUAUGAAGUCCGGGGUUUGGACUUUGGAGUUGGGUGACAUUGCAGAUGUGUAUAUAUACUUGUUAUGGGUUGUGUUAUGGGGGCUUGAUGUUUUUACCACUUACUCGAGAGGUGAUUUUGCUGCAAUGAAUUUGUGUAUAUAAUUUUAAAGAUGAGACACAUGGUUCUA